AUGGCCUCGCUGGACCUGCCCUACCGCUGCCCCCGCUGCGGGGAGCACAAGCGCUUCCGGAGCCUGUCGUCGCUGCGCGCGCACCUGGAGUACAGCCACACGUACGAGACGCUCUACAUCCUCUCCAAGACCAACAGCAUUUGCGACGGCGCCGCGGCGGCCGCGGCGGCCGCCGCCGCUGCCGCCGCCUCCGGCUUCCCUCUGGCGCCUGAGCCUGCCGCCCUGCUGGCCGUGCCAGGCGCCCGGCGCGAGGUCUUCGAGAGCACGUCCUUCCAGGGCAAGGAGCAGGCGGCCGGGCCGUCCCCCGCGACGCCACACCUGCUGCACCACCAUCACCACCACGCACCCCUCGCCCACUUCCCUGGCGACCUGGUGCCCGCCAGCCUGCCCUGCGAGGAGCUGGCUGAGCCGGGCCUCGUGCCCGCCGCCGCCGCCGCGCGCUACGCGCUCCGCGAGAUCGAGAUCCCUCUAGGGGAGCUAUUCGCCCGCAAGUCCGUGGCCUCCUCGGCGUGCUCGACGCCGCCGCCCGGGCCUGGCCCCGGGCCCGCCUCUGCCUCGCCCGCGUCUCCCUCGCCUGCCGAUGUGGCUUACGAAGAGGGCCUGGCUCGCCUUAAGAUCCGCGCGCUGGAGAAGCUGGAGGUGGACCGACGGCUGGAGCGGCUGAGCGAGGAGGUGGAGCAGAAAAUCGCGGGCCAGGUGGGCCGGCUUCAGGCCGAGCUGGAGCGCAAGGCGGCGGAGCUGGAGACUGCGCGGCAGGAGAGCGCGCGGCUGGGGCGCGAGAAGGAGGAGCUGGAGGAGCGCGCUUCCGAGCUCUCGCGCCAGGUGGACGUGAGUGUGGAGCUGCUGGCCUCGCUCAAGCAGGACCUGGUGCACAAGGAACAGGAGCUGAGCCGCAAGCAGCAGGAGGUGGUGCAGAUUGACCAGUUCCUGAAGGAGACAGCGGCGCGGGAGGCCAGCGCCAAGCUGCGGCUGCAGCAGUUCAUCGAGGAGCUCCUCGAGCGGGCCGACCGCGCUGAGCGGCAGCUGCAGGUCAUCAGCAGCAGCUGUGGCAGUACUCCCAGUGCCAGCCUGGGCCGCGGAGGUGGGGGAAGUGGUGCUGGGCCCAGUACCCGGGGUCCAGGCAGGACGCGAGAACACCACGCGGGCCUGGCCAUGCCUAGCACGUAUGCAGUGUCACGGCAUGGCUCCUCUCCCAGCACAGGGGCCUGCAGUCGCAUCCCAGCUGCAUCCCAGAGCUCAGGCUGCUAUGACAGUGACAGUCUGGAGCUGCCCCGGCCAGAAGAGGGGGCCCCUGAGGACAGUGGCCCCGGGGGCUUGGGCACACGGGUCCAGGCUGCCAACGGCGGCUUGGAACGGGCCCAGCCCCCUCGCAGCUCAGGCCUGCGGCGCCAGGCCAUCCAGAACUGGCAGCGCAGACCUCGCCAACACAGCACGGAGGGGGAGGAAGGUGACGUCUCGGAUGUGGGCUCCCGAACCACCGAGUCAGAGGCUGAGGGCCCCUCGGAUGCCCCCCGCCCUGGGCCUGCUAUGGCUGGGCCGUUGAGCAGCUGCCGGCUCUCUGCCCGCCCUGAGGGAGGCAGUGGGCGGGGUCGGCGAGCUGAGAGGGGCAGCCCCUCACGCUCCAAUGAGGUCAUCAGCCCGGAGAUCCUCAAGAUGCGAGCCGCCCUGUUCUGCAUCUUCACCUACCUGGACACACGCACACUGCUACAUGCCGCCGAGGUCUGCCGGGACUGGCGCUUCGUGGCCCGCCACCCUGCCGUCUGGACACGGGUGCUGCUUGAGAAUGCCCGCGUCUGUUCCAAGUUCUUGGCAAUGCUGGCUCAGUGGUGCACCCAGGCGCACUCGCUGACACUGCAGAACCUGAAGCCCCGGCAGCGGGGCAAGAAGGAGAGCAAAGAGGAGUAUGCCCGGAGUACCCGGGGCUGUCUGGAAGCAGGGCUAGAAUCUCUGCUGAAGGCAGCUGGGGGGAAUCUGCUGAUCCUGCGCAUCUCCCACUGUCCCAACGUCCUCACCGACCGUUCGCUCUGGCUGGCCAGCUGCUACUGCCGCGCCCUGCAGGCUGUCACCUACAGAAGCGCCACGGACCCGGUGGGCCAUGAGGUCAUUUGGGCCCUGGGCGCAGGCUGCAGAGAGAUUGUCUCCCUCCAGGUGGCGCCACUUCACCCCUGCCAGCAGCCCACGCGCUUCAGUAACCGCUGCCUACAGAUGAUCGGUCGCUGUUGGCCCCACCUCCGGGCCCUGGGGGUCGGGGGUGCUGGCUGUGGGGUGCAGGGCCUGGCAUCACUCGCGAGAAACUGCAUGCGACUGCAGGUCCUGGAGCUGGACCACGUGUCGGAGAUCACCCAAGAGGUGGCGGCUGAGGUCUGCCGGGAAGGCCUGAAGGGACUGGAGAUGUUGGUGCUCACGGCCACCCCUGUCACCCCCAAGGCCCUGCUGCAUUUCAACAGCAUCUGCCGGAACCUCAAGUCCAUUGUGGUCCAGAUUGGGAUUGCCGAUUAUUUCAAAGAGCCCAGCAGCCCUGAGGCCCAGAAGCUGUUUGAGGACAUGGUGACAAAACUCCAGGCCCUACGGCGGAGGCCCGGCUUCUCUAAGAUCCUGCACAUCAAGGUGGAAGGCGGCUGCUAACCCGGGUUGGGGGCGGCAGGGCCCCUGCCAGCCCCACACCAGGGCACCCUCUUUGGACCUCCAG